AUGUCCACGUUUCAGAUAUUGUCGGAUUUACAUUUAGAAAAUCCGUCUGCCUAUGAUGUGUUCAAUAUCUCCCCGAAGGCGCCAUAUCUUGCCCUCCUAGGUGACAUAGGAGUUGUCAAUGACGCAGGCUUCAUUACAUUCAUCGAGACCCAGUUGCGCCAAUUCCAAAUCGUUUUCUUCCUGUUGGGAAACCAUGAGCCCUACGAUUCAACCUGGGAGGAGACGAAGAAACUCCUUCAUCAAUUUUCGGCAUCUGUUGAUCGUCGGCGUUCAACAGAACAAGAUGGACAUCCGGAAACUAUGGGUUCUUUCGUCUUCUUGGAUCAGACUCGCUACGACCUCUCACCAGAAUUGACUGUCCUAGGGUGCACACUUUUUUCGCGAGUGAGCGAGGCCCAUAAGGAGCACGUCAGCUAUGGUCUCAAUGACUUUUACAACAUAAAAGACUGGACGGUUGACGACCACACAGCUGCCCAUGAUGCAGACUUGGGGUGGUUAAAUAGACAGGUUUCUCAUAUCGCUAGCUCUGAGCCGCAUCGCAAGCUCGUGGUUUUUACACAUCAUAGCCCAGUCACUCAGGAUCCGCGGGCGGUUGAUCCAAGGCAUGUAAACAGCUCGCUGUCGUCGGGCUUUGCCAGCAAUCUCUCUAGACAGGAGGUCUGGAAGAGUCCGCUCGUAAAAUUAUGGGCGUUUGGGCAUACGCACUUCAAUGUCAAUUACAUUGAGGAGAGUACCAAGAAGAUGGUGGUCAGUAAUCAGCGCGGUUAUUACUUUUCUCAGGCACCUGGAUUUGAUGGGGAGCUAGUAGUUAGAGUCUGA